AAGAACUAUUGGUUCAUGGUUCCAAUAAUUGGUUUCAUACCUUGGUUAGGUAUGCUUAUCACAAUGUUAAUCUGUUGGGCCGCUCAAGGGCACCCACUCUAUCCGUUCAAUAGCGGUUAUCAAUAUCCUGUUUAUAUAUCUUAUAUUGGGGCAACUAACCUACGUCCGUUAUUUAUAAGUUGUGCAGGUUGGCAAGGUUUAUUCUACACAAUCACUUUACUUGUGGAGUAUUUUUUGAGAAAGACUGGUAGAUUACAAUAUUGGUUUAAGAAAGAUGAAAGAAAUUUAUUAUUUGCUGCUUGCAUCUUGGGUAUUAUUGGUUCUUUAGGGAUUUUGUUUGUUGCAAUUUUCAGUAUAAAGAAUUAUGACAAUGUUCAUCAUGCUAUGCUUGGUGUUUUCUUAGCAUUUAUUUGUCUUUCAAUCAUUUGUUUAUGUGCUCAAUAUUGCAUGAUGGGCUUGCACUAUAGAAACAUUCACGUUCAUCAUAAAUAUUGGAACAAGUUUACCAUUUCAUUCUAUUUGAAGGUUUUCUUUGUUGUUGCCGCCAUCAUAUUUGCAAUUUGCUUUGGUGCUGUUAGUAAUAGAAGUGUCAGUUCCUGUUUUGAAUGGACUUUAGCAUUUUGGUACAUUGUCAUCUUUUUGAUUUUUGCAUGGGAUCUA